GAAUCAGGUGAACUGUCAAAGAGUGAUUGGGCUUUUUGCUGCUCUGUCCAGGAAAUCUCUCGACAUCCGUGCUCAGCAGCCUGAGAUUCUCUUUCGAUCGUUAGCAAGACCAUUUUCUGCAGCUCCCGGAACACUUGGCGGCGCAGGAGAGCGAGUGCAAUAUGCCUGUUGGCGGACAGCCGCGGAUUUAGGCGUGCCGACGAGAUGGACUACCAUUACGACACAUUCCGGGGGCGCGCGUGGGAGCCCGACCACCACAACCGCUGCUGCAACGGCAGAUUCUGGUUCGUGCGUGACGUGUGCGGCAUCAUCUGUGCCAUCCUCACGUGGCUGCUCAUCUUGUAUGCCGAAUUUGUGGUGAUGACGGUGAUCCUGCUGCCGAGCCCCUAUCCCAUCUACAGCAUCGUCAACAUGAUCAUCUUCAACGCCCUGGCCUUCCUGGCCAUCGCCUCCCACCUCAGGACGAUGUUCACGGAUCCCGGCUCCGUGCCGAAGGGCAACGCCUCCGAGAAGGCGAUCCAGCAGAUGGGGCUGCGCGAGGGCGAAGUCUUCUUCAAGUGCGCCAAGUGCUGCAGCAUCAAGCCGGACAGGGCGCAUCAUUGCUCAGUGUGUCGCGUUUGUGUUCGCAAAAUGGAUCAUCACUGUCCGUGGGUGAAUUCUUGCAUAGGAGAAAACAAUCAGAAGUUUUUCGUGCUUUUCACGCUCUACAUUGCUGUCAUCUCUGCCCACGCGAUCUUCCUGACCGUGAAUCAGUUCGCUUACUGCAUCCGGACGGAGUGGAGGAACUGCUCCAAUUACUCCCCACCUGCCACUGUGAUCUUCCUGCUCUUUCUCACCUUCGAGGCGCUCCUCUUUGCCGUCUUCACGAUGAUCAUGCUCGGAACCCAACUGAAUGCGAUCUGGAAUGACGAGACGGGCAUCGAGCAGCUGAAGAAAGAGGAGGCGCGCUGGGUGAAGAAGUCGCGGUGGAAAAACAUCCAGACGGUCUUUGGGCGUUUCUCCAUCGCCUGGUUUUCGCCAUUCACGCGUCCUCUGCUCUCGAAGAAGCACGAGAACUACUACUAUUCCGUGUAGGAGGAUCACAAGAGCGAACACCAAGCGUUCCUGGACAAUUCCAGCAGCAGAAAGUGGAGCAAAGACCUUGGCGAAGUUGGAUUUCUACGGUGUGCAAGACAAUGGACAGCCGCGAAUCGCGGCCCGCGAUGCGUUGAGAAUCACACGUAUAUUUAUUAAUUUAUUAUGAUUUCGCAUAAGAGUAUUUGAACAGUUGCUCGUGAGGAAAUCCUCGAGCAGGAAUGACAGUGACGUACUUAAGAGUAUCCUUCAGAAGGCAGUUUUUAAGUAGUUUUUAUACAGUGGAAAGAAGCAUACAAAGCGCAGUGAGAAAUGAUUGCAUGUUAUUUCAUAAGGUGUUAAGAAGAGCUGAAGAACAGAGAAUUGUAUGAAAAUAGAGUGAAAAGUAUAAUUAUAAUAAUUUUGACUAUCAGAAUAAAAUAGUGAUUUAGAGGA